AGAAAAAUACAAUUAUAAAUCAGCUUUAGUUUCUUCUAUUAUUUUCAUAGAGACAGCAAGUUGUUUGGAGGAACAGAAGUGUUGCUACAAUCUGCGAUGAAGAUGGUGAUGAUGAUGACGAGGGUCCUGAUGUUACUGUUAUUAUUAUUAGUAGUGAUGUUGUCCUGCUCCUCUGCAUGUUAUACAGAUGAAAGAAAUGCCUUGUUAGCUUUCAAAGAGGGCCUUGAUUUCACUUCCUCUCAUUACACGCUGCAAUCCUGGAAGGGAUUUAACUGUUGUGCGUGGGAAGGAGUGAGCUGCCACCCAAUCACUGGCCACAUCAUUUCCUUAGAUCUUAGUCCUCACUCCCUUAAUGCCUCCUGGAAUCCUCAUGACGUCAUCAUGCCAUCGCCAUUCAUGUCGUGGAGGGAACUUCGUGGGGAACUAUUCCAACUACGCCAUCUGGAGAGCUUGAACUUGAGUGAGAAUGCCUUUAUCCCUUCUCUUGCCAUCCCUUCACAGUUUUACAAGCUCAGUAAUUUGAGGUAUUUAAGCUUGUCCAACUCUAACUUAUUUGCUCGGAUUCCAAGAGAGAUUGGUAAAAUGCCCAGCUUAAUGUAUCUUGAUCUGUCUUUUAAUUUUUUGAAUAACACUAUUCCAAUAUCUAUGGGUCAACUGUCAAAGCUCACAUAUCUUGAUCUGAGUUCUAAUUGUUUGAAUGGCACCAUCUCAAUGUUGGUCAACUUGUCAAAACUCGCAUAUUUUGAUCUGAGUUAUAAUGUUUUGAGUGGCACUAUCCCGACAUUUUUGGGUAAGCUGUCAAAGCUCACAUAUGUUGACCUGAAAUAUAACUCUUUGAGUGGCACCAUCCCAGCAUUUUUGAGUACGCUCUCAGAGCUCACAUAUUUAGACUUGAGUUUUAACUCUUUGAGUGGCACCAUUCCAACUUCUUUGGAGAAGCUAUCAAAUCUCACAUAUCUUUAUUUGAGUUGGAACAAUUUGAAUGGUACAAUCCCAAUAUCUUUGGGUAAGCUAUCAAAGCUCACACAUAUUGACAUGAGAGGUAACUCUUUAAAUGGCGCUGUCCCAAUAUUUUUGGGUAAGCUGUCAAAGUUGACAUCUCUUAGUCUAUCUUUUAAUCAUUUGAGUGGCACCAUUCCAACAUCUUUGAGUAACCUACUAAACCUCACAUAUCUUAACUUGAGAUCUAACUCUUUGAGUGGAACCAUCCCAACAUCUUUGGGUAGGCUGUCAAAACUCACAGAUCUUAUCCUAAGUUUUAAUUCAUUAAAUGGUACAAUCCCAAGCUUCUUAGGAAACUUCACCAAUCUCAGAGUUCUUGAUCUUAGCUUCAACCACCUAAGUGGAACUUACCCACUUUCUCUUUUUGAUAUUACACCCGAUAUUAAAAAAUUGUAUCUUUCAGGGAAUAUGUUGACUGUAAAAGUCAAUGUCUCUUAUAUUCCCAAUUUUCAACUUGAAGCCUUGGGUUUGGGAUCUUGUAAUAUACAAGGGAAUUUUCCAUCUUUCAUUUCAACUCAAUAUUCCUUAGGCUUUCUAGAUGCCUCUGAAAACUCAUUUGGUGGAAAUAUUCCUGAUUGGUUAUGGGAUUCUAUACCUCUUCAUUAUCUCAACCUCUCUUGUAACCAAUUUGUAGGUAAUUUACCUAUUAAGCUGCUUGUAUUUGCACCCAGUUCUAAUGACAACUUUGUUAUUGAUUUGCAUAACAAUAAGUUACAAGGAAAUAUUCCCCUUUCUCUGCAAAAUGUGAGCUUCUUGGAUCUUUCAAAAAAUCAAUUUGAUGGACCCAUUCCGCAUUCUAUUUGUCAGUCAAGUAAUUUGCAUGUUUUAGACUUGUCAAAUAACUGGCUUAGUGGUAAGAUUCCCCAGAAUUUAGACCAAUGCUUCAAGUUGUAUAUGCUAGAUCUAGAAAGGAAUAAUUUCAAUGGCACAAUUCCAAAUAUAUUUGGGAAGAUGACUUCUCUAGAAACAUUGAAAUUAGGUCUCAAUGGGCUAAAAGGGAACAUACCAUUAUCACUUGUAAAUUGCACUUCUUUAGAGAUCCUAGAUCUAAGGAAUAACAAUUUUCAUGGGGACAUCCCUACUUGGAUUGGAAGCUUGAAAAGUCUUCGCAUUUUAAUACUAAAAUCUAACAAAUUUAUUGGCAAGAUACCCUCAGAAUUAUCAAACUUGCAAAAUCUUCAGAUAUUGGAUAUGUCGAGCAACAAAAUUUCAGGUAUUAUUCCAAAUGGCUUUAUGAACUUGAGUGCAAUGGCAAAUGAGACAGAAAACACAAGAACUCUUGAAUUGAAUAGUACAGAUAUCGGUAGGAAUUAUAUAGAUACCAUAAUCAUUAUGAACAAAGGAAAAGAUAUGGAGUAUGGAAGAAUUUUGAGAUUAAUUAAAUGCCUUGAUCUAUCAGACAACAAAUUAUCAGGCAAAAUACCUUGGGAUAUUGAAUCCCUCAAAGGAUUGAUAAUUCUCAAUGUUUCCAGAAACUAUUUCAGUGGUAAGAUUCCAAAAUCUUUGGGAAGCAUGCUACAACUACAAUCACUUGAUCUUUCCAGAAAUGAAUUGUCUGGAAUGUUUCCUGCUGAGCUACAACAUCUCACAUAUUUGAGCUUCUUUGAUGUGUCUUAUAAUAACCUAUCAGGAAUGAUACCACAAGGAGGACAAAUAAUGACAUUUGAUUCCUCAUCAUUUUCCAAUAAUUCAGAUCUAUGUGGCCUACAAAUCAAUGUGUCAUGCUCAAGAAAUCAUGAUGUUUCUCCCAAGGAUGAUGAAGAAAAUAAAAAAGUGAAGAAUGAAGAUAUAUGGUGGGAUGUGGGACUAGGAAUGGGCAAUGCAUUUGGGUUUUCAAUCCUGAUUUGGGUGUUGUGUUUCUCCAAAUCUUGGAGUGCAAAAUGCUUCAAAGUUAUGGAUGGCAUUAUUGUCUGCCUUUUUCAAGCAUUCAAAUAAAAAUUGUAUAGCUUAAGAUAAGAUAUUUUCUUAUCUUCAUCUCCUAUACACCUGUAUAUUCAAUAUGCCAUAAAUUGCUGAUUGUCAGAUCACAAAUAAAUAAAGAAUAAGGCACUAACAUUCAGAAGUGGAGCAUGUUUUGGUCCUCAAUAAAUGCAGUUUCCUCUUGUUGAAAAGGAGUACACAACAAAUUCAUUUAUAGAAUUCUAUCAUUAUCACUUCUGUGGCUGUCAUGUUGGCGCUUUAAGAGUUACAUAGGUCAAUCUAUUGUGGAAAGAAUCUGGUCUUGGAUAUUUAUGUUCAAGCAGAGGUUUGUUUGGUUAUUCCUGACCGUUGAAAGUUGAUAUCUUUUUCCCGAUUAUUUUAGCAAUAUUAUAUUGGAUUUUGGGACAAUCAUCUAUUUAUAUAUGGCGUCCUAUUCCAGAAAUAGCCGUUGAGCCACUUAAAAAUUAAGACUGCUGGAAGGGAGGUGUUAAUUAACAAGCGCUUUCUAUGGAUGAACCCAUAGAAUCUAACGGGAAUCGAUCUUGGGCAGAAGUGUGAGAAAAAAAUUAACAGCAGAAAAUACUGUCGAUAGAAACAUUGUUCAGAACGAGAGGAAGGAUGAAUGACUUACCUGGGCUAGUAAACUACACAGAGGACAUGAAAGGUUUUUCGCUAAAUACUUGGGAGAAGCACCGUAGCACGACAGUGUACAGUGUUUCAAUGUCCCAGACUCAACAUAAAAAGUCAAGAUGCAAACGGCAAAAGAAAGUAAUCUUUGUUGGGAAAGCACAAUCUUCAUGGUGUUUUCAGAAUUAAUGCAAAUGGUAAGAAAUAUGCUAAUAAGAAGACUUCCGCCUUUAAUGUCAAGUCCCAAGCUGCAGACACAAUGGGCAUAUCUACUGUUUCAGGGUUUGAAAGUGCUAGUCCGAAUAAAAUGUUAAUUUGUUGUUUGGCGGUUGAUACAAAAUUAACAGUAGAAAGUAGAGCUGAUGGGAAGAUUGUUCAGAACAAGAGGGAGGAUGAACUUGGGGAUAUUGGCUCCAUUGCCUCGGAUGGCUUAUCUAAUCUACUGAACUGCACAGAGCAUAUGAAAGGAAGAGACACAGAUAAGUUCUCUCACAGUACCAAAUCAGAAUUUAGGUGAUAAGGGUUUAAAAUCCAUCGAAAAUUCUAUGGAGCAUGGGUUUCCAGAUUGUCAUUAAACAAAGCUGAUUUGAUUUCAUCAAAAUAUAGUGCUCACUCGUCUCCGAUAAUAAGUAUUCAGAGAUGCAAAAAGAUGAAAUACAUAAUGGUACAGAAGGUUCAAGGGAAGAUGGAUUUGGAGCCAAGCAAGAGAGCAACCCUUAAAAUGCUGGUGUCGUUGGGCAUGAUAAUUAGCAAUGUUCUGAUAUGCACAGGAACUCUGCCUCUGAGAAGGUCCAUCCUAACGUGAAUAUAAUCAUUGCCGAGGGGUUGUGUGUCCAGUCAUCCACUUUAUUAUGCUUCUGAUCAUCUCACCUCCAGGCAGGAAUCUUCACAGGCGAGGAAAGACCUUGGCCAAGAAGUGGAACAGAAAGAUGCUUCUCAAGUCUGAUACAUUGCUAGAGACAAGAAGAGGAGUGGUGCAAAAUCUUGUACAUGCCAACUGCUCAUGCAGUUACAGGAAUGCUUUCCUCCUUCACACUUCACACCAGUUACAACAGUUUCCUAACAUCCUUGAGUGUGCCUACAAGUACAGCCAGGGGAGAACAUAAACUGUGGUUCAGGGGCUUCAUUACCUUUCUUAAAUGAAGAAAGAUUCUUUGGGACUUCAUCUAUUACAUCAUUUCAACUCCACAGUUUUCAAGCUCUUCAGUUCCGUCAUAUUCAGGGCAGCAGCACUGUAUAUUAGUUAAAAGAGGAAAAUUCCCUGUCUGAACUUUUCCAAGAGAAAUGAUGGGAAAUUCCUCUACUGGUUGAAAUGACCAUAGUAGGAAUGGUAGUAAAUCACACAAUCAGACUCUUUCAUCUGUAUGUACUGCAUCAGUCAAGUGCCUUUAUUGUGUUUUUUAUAUAAUCUAAGGUUAGGCGAGAUCAGAUUGGCAAAUAUGGCUAUAAAUCCCAUUUAUUAAGUUUGUAAAUGCAGUGUAUAUGAUGUAAAGAUGUCACCAUUUUCAUUUGGUGAGCUCCUAGCAUGGUAGCGUUACGCUUACGCUCUAAAACUCUGCCAUUAAUAUC